CAUCUUGUGGUUCGAAGAAAAAAACCCACAGGAAAAUUUGUUAGUUCUUUUACCAUGUUAUGUGUGUGAAUAUUUUGUAAAUUGUUAUUAUUUGUUCAACCACAUUCGCAUCAGUGCGAACGGAGGCCAUCAUGAUCUCAAAUACGUUGUGCGAUUUGGAGAAAUGCGUGGACACGGCAGGAUUGCAGCUCGACACACUGGCCCUCAAGCUGACCGAUGUCGAGCGCAAUUUAGACGAAAACGAGCUCGAUUCGUUGGAGAAUGAGUCCGUCAUGGAGCUGCUAGAAUCGGUGACGGAGGUCAAGAAUGAGUAUCAGAAUCUGCGCAAGGAUCUCCAGGAGGUGCAGCAGCUACAGAAGGAAAUGACAUGCUCCCUGCGCUAUCAGCUGCGAAACAUGACACAAACCUUCCGGGUGUUGAAGAAGAAAAUCGAGUCCAACUCGGUACCGGUGCAUCUCCUUCCACCCCCGGUGGGUCCAUCAGGGAGAUCCGGUGGUAAUGAAAAUCGCGACCAGCACCACCAGCAGCAGCACCAGCAAUCUCAUUCGUACCAAGCUGUUCCACAUCCUUUACCUCAGCCCGACCUCACCGACCACGGUCCUAGGCGUGCUGUGGGUGUGCUGAAGAGUGUCAGUAAGAACUGAGUAAAGCGUUCGCGUGCAUCGUUUGGUAAAAUUCGAAGCACACUUCUCGCUGGUAUCGAGCAGCUGACGACAAGUAUCGCCUGUAGGCUUCUACCGGGCGUUACGCAUUAUGUUUCCAUACGCUGAAUCGAUAAUCAUACACGUAGCUCACCAAACCUCUCACCCCACCAUCGCGUGUACCCGUGCUCGCUACUACGCCGGCUGUUCUGGAAAAAUGCACUUAUUGCAUCAAGAAAAACAGCAAAAGGCCUGUCAGAACGGCAACUCGUCAUCGAACACCACGGACGGUGGAAUGCUCUUCCUAUGUGUGUUGUUUGUUUAACUUUCACCUUGCAUUCCGGUUUUGGUUUCUUUGGUUUCCGUUCGCGACAUCACUACCGAACGUGGCUUUACAUACUGGCUGCAGCAUCAUUUCGUAAUCAUCCAGCGUUCGUCAUCCUUCAUCCCGCAAAACCAAAAACCGGCAAUACUACCGGCUGGCAUUUAUUCUGGAGCUCCAUUCAUCGCGCCAAGUCGCCUGCCAUUAUCGCCCAGUACCGCGUGAAACCUUUAGGCAAUAGCGAAUCCUCCCCAUGAUGAUGAGAGCAUGUGAAAAGCUUAAUUUCGUUAUCCCUUCAAAAUCGGAAUCUUUUGCUUUUGUUUGAUAGUUUAGAAGAUGUACAAGCUGUUCUGAAUCCUUCAUAGCGAAGGAAUUGAUAGGAAUUGAACGAGUUGAUGUUAAUUGAUGGCCGAUAUACUGAACUACCAGCAAAAGCGAACAAAUCGAUACGAUGCUAGUGAACGGUCAGAUGUUUUGAAAUGGCUUUUUCAAAUGCGUUAUUUCUGAUUAUACCAUUUUUUGUGCGUUUUGAGCUUUUGAAAUGCAGUUUGACGCAGUAUGCACGUUUAUUUUUUUUUUCAAAUUCCUGAACUUAUUUGUAUUUAGUUUCAGCCAUGCUUUUAUUCAAAAUAACGUGUUGUGUGUUGAUGUGCAUAAAAUGUCAAUGUUUUUAAGUUAUUCGUUUGGUAUUUGCAUGAAAUUCGUUUUCAAGGUGUUUUGGUACUUCCUUCCGUAAUUAUGAACGAAUUAGACAGUCUAGUUAAAAUGUUGUUAUAGAGCACCAUUUGUGCACAAAGUAUACACAUUACAACACACGCACAUGUGCGCAAAAAUAUAUGUCUUAACUAUAUUCUAAAACAUACUAUAGAACGUAUAUGAAGCAAACUAUAAAACCCACUAUGAUUACCAUACUACAUAUGGUGAUUGAAUUUUGUUCCAUGUUAUUUACAGCAUGAAUGUGAAUGAAAGUGUAAAAUGAAUAGAUAUUAUUUAAAGUUAAAGAUUUCCCGUAGUCUUAUGUGUCCUAGACUUUGACGUGGAAUUGAUGCAAGGUUGAGACUAUUAUAUUUCGCUGCUACAAUCAUUUUUCUCAGAUCGAUUAACUAAUCGUUUUCAUGUUGUUGGUGCCUUUGAUACAUAGAACUUUGUUGGCUAUUAGUUUUGCGGAAUGGUUUGCAGUAAAUCUUUAUUUACAAACAUUCCAUAUUAAUAAAUUAUUUCUCUUUUAAUCGCUUUAGCUUGAUUGUGUUUUUUGUGAUUAGUUUUUCAGUUGGUAGCUUUCACCAUCGUUUAUAAAAGCGUUAAAACUUCGAAUUUUCCCUCACGAUGCUCAGCAACUUGCAAGUGGGGAAAGAAAAUGCUUUUUCAUGUGCGAUCGCCAACUUCCGGUACUCUAUGGUGAAAUUUUUUAGAAAUUUCGAUCCGAUCGCACUUGGUUUUCUUCACCCUGCAAUGCAUUCACUGAAUGAAUAUCCAUUCUGCCUUAUACUCUCGCGAUAGGGAGAGAUGUUUGUUUGUUCUUGUUUUUUUAUUUGUAGGCCAAGCGUAUCUUACGUGUACUUUAUGGACAAUUUGUACCUGACUUGGUUUGGACCGUUUUUUACAUGAAACAUUGGAGCCACAACAAAACCACAGUUUACGACUGCAAACUGUAGAAGGAAUUGCGGCUUUAUUUGCUGUUGCUGGAAGGGAAUUGAAUGAGAUAUAGUCAAUAUUACUGUGUUAUUCAAAUCGAGUUCGACUAUGUUCGACAUUCGGUUCUUAUGCUCCGUAACGAAACUCCGAGUAAUUCGUUCAAUGGUGUUGUAGUACGGCAUUUAAAAAGACUGUAGGGCGCAAUAAGUAGGUUUUGUUCCUUGCAUGUUACAGCAAGAGGCAAAGUGCAGUUCAAAUAUGAUAAUAUUCCCUAGAUCUCAUAGGAAAUGUCUUUGCAGACCUUCUUAGUCACACACUGUAUGGAUAGAGCAUUAUUAUUCCGACUCUCUAGGACAAAAUCCGUUUUUGCUCAAUCAGCACGUCCCCAUGUAAUGAUGAUCACUCGUCGUACGAGACAACCCGCUCAACACCGAUUCCGCUACUGCGUAGACACGUUUGUUAUACUAUUUGUACCAUCCUUCCGCAGGAUUUCCUUUUUAGAUGAAUUGUACCAGCGGAUACGUUUGUUUGCACGGUGGUAAAAAUAAAACUGUCACAAGCAGAGGAAAACUA